GGUAACCCUGUCAGGGAGCUCCCUCAUUAUUCAUAAGAGCUGGAAAAAGAAAACCCUCGUUCGGCGCGCUCCUUUGCCGGUCAUCUCCCUCUCUCUGGUUUCCCUCCCUUUUCAAAAACAAAUGCUCUCGCUCUCUGCUUUCCUCCUGCUGCAACUUGACAUCCGUUUUCGCUGAAGUUUCAUUGUGUUUUCCUGAACCGCCAAUAUGAAGGACACUAAAGUUGGCAGGAAGAAAUCUGACUCAAAGAAGAAUUUGAAGGCAACAAAGAAGAUGGGAAAAGAUCCCAAUAAGCCAAAGAGGCCACCUACUGCUUACUUUGUGUUUCUGGAAGAAUUUCGAGAAAAAUAUAAGCGGGACAAUCCUAAUAACAAAUUAGCUAGUCAGGUUGCAAAAGCAUGUGGUGUGAAGUGGAAAUCAAUGAGUGAUCAGGAUAAAGCGCCAUAUGUGGCCAAAGCUGCUCAGAAAAAAGCCCUAUAUGAUUCUUCUUUGGAAGAAUAUCGAAAGAAGCAAUCAUUGGAACAGGAAGGUGGUGUGGCAUCUGGUUCCCCUGAAGUUUCUGAAGUUGGGUUAGAGGAAAGCGUGGGAGAGAGUGCUAGUGACGUGUAUAGUGCUGUCAACUUUCUGUGAUCAGACAAGGCAUCUACUGACCCUGGAACUUGGAAUGUCUAGAGGAAGUUGAUAGACAUACCCGUGCAUAUGUGAGGAUGAGGAUUGAGUGGACAGAUGAAAGAUGAUUAAAGUGGAGAUAAAGGAGGAAAGAGCUAACCCUCAAAUGAUAUUUUGACCAGUUUCACCAGUGUUUAUUUAUCUAGAAUAUAUAGUUUAACUAACACACAUACAAGUGCUCUGUUACUCUCUUCUCACCUUUGGGCCACAGUUUCUUUUACAGGCCAUCUUUUGAUGUUAAUGGCUGGCUUUCAUAAUAUUUUGGAGGCCCUGCUAAUACAAAAUUGGAAAAAGGAAGGAAGAAAUGGGUGGCUUUCGUGUUUUUGAUC